AUGUAAAUAAUUACUGGUGAUGAAACAGGAUUAUUGAAAUUAAUUGAUUUAGAGAAAAAAGAUGUGAUAAAGAAAUAUGGAGAAUAAGGAAAGGAGUUCAAAGUUAUCUAAAUUCUAACACUAUAAAUAUCAGAUAUUAGUUUUUUCUUGGUAUUGAGAGAGUAAAGUUUAGUAUUAUUAGACAAUGAAUUAAAUGAAAUUACUUAAAUCAACAUUGAUUCAUCACCUUUGAAAGGUUUUUGUGAUUCAAAUCAUGAUAUAUAUAUAAUUUAUGGAAACAGAAAAAUAAAUCAUAUUAAAUAUGAUUAAGAUCAAAACAUAUUUCUUUAAUAAAAAACAUUAAACUCUAAUGAUUUUUUGCCCUUAAAUAAUUGUAAAGAUAAAUAUGUAACAUCUGCUGCUAUUUCAAGUGAUUACUCAUUAUUAUUGAUAACAUAUUUUGGAGCUCCACCAUCUAUUUUUAACUUAAAAUUAAAAUAAUUAUAAUGGUAAUCAAGAAAUGUUAAAAAUGAUGAAUUAGAUCUUUAAGUUAAAAUGCAUGAUUAUGAUGGAUUAUUCUUAGAUGAUUAUUCUGUAGGAGUUAUUACAACCCAUAAGACAUUAAGAAUUUAUAAUAUUCUCUAAUAAAAAUCUUAACCUAUUGCAGAACAUUCAUUAAAACAUUCAAAAACCAAAGUUACACUAAUAAGGGCUUAUAAUCAAAAAUAUUAUAUGAUAAAUGAAAGAGGAGAAAUUUUAAUUUAUUAGAAUGAUUUUAAAUUUGAAAGAAUGAUUAAAGGUACUUUUGGAGCUGUUAGAGAUGUUACAUUUAAUAAAGAUUAUAUAUACACAGUUAGCAUAGAUCGUUUUUUAAGGUUUUUUAUUAUUUAUUAUUUUAGAGUGUAUCAUACAGAAAAUGUAAGAAUACCUUUGGCUAUUAAUUUAUCUUAAAGAUUAACAGCAGUCAAUUUUUAUUGUUCAGAAUAUAAAGAAAUUGAAAUUGAAAAAUAAUAAGAAAAAAUUUGGACUAUUUAAAAUGGAAGAGAAGCAAAAGCAAGAUUUGCUGGAAUGAGAAGACACACUAUUAAAUUAUCAUAUUUAGAUAAAAUGUUCGAGAAUCACAAACUAAAUAAAUUAAAAAAAGAAUAAUAAAAAUUGAAAUAAGAAUAAUAAUCAAUAGAAAUUAAAUAAGAAUAUGAUGAAGUAGAUUACCAAUCUAAAUUUAAAACUAUUGAGAAUAAGAAAAUUAAGAAAUAAAAAUAAAAAUAAAAGAUUCUUGGAUUAAAGAAAUCAAAGUUACUAGUAAAUAAACCAAAUAGAAAAAUAAAGUGA